AUGACAACAUCAAUUGCUAACAAACAACAAUUCAACGACUUAAUAACCACAAUUCAACAAGAUCAAAAUGAUAAAGAAUUACAUUGGUUAGUUUCACAAAUAAUAAUACCAGAAUUUCAACAAAUCAUCGAAACAUUAAAGAUCGUAUCUAAUUUAGUAUUGUAUAAUUCACCACAACAUCCAGAUACCACAAAGGGAAUAGAAAGAGGUCCAGCUAUUAAAUUACCUUUAACUUCUACAACUAAUCAUUCAAAUUUAAAUGGGAUUAUAAUUAGAGAUGGAUUAUAUAUUUUAAAAUUUAAUGUUGUGAUAAAAGAUCAUUAUUUGAAUAAAUAUUUUAAUAAGUUGAAUUUGAAAAAACCUAUCUUGUUACAACAAUUAGUUAAUUGUAAAAAAUCAAUUGAUGAUUCGAUAGAUUUAUUAGAUCAAUUAUAUCUUUUGAAUGAAACAUUAGAAAAAGAAGAAUCAGAACAACAUACCACCAUUAAUCAUAAAACAUAUCAUAAACAACUAAUAACAUCAUUCAAAAAUUUAGUAUCUAAAAUUCAAAAUGCCAAAACUAAUUUACAAAUGCCCAUUGAUCCAAGUAUAAUAUUUCCAGAAAAUGUGACAGAUACUACUGCAUUUGAACCAGAAUUACCCAAGAUUAUUUCAAUAGAUUUUUACAUAAAUCAAGCUGAGAUAUGUAUUGAUUUGAAAUAUUUACACAAAAUUACCGAAAAACCAUGGUGUGAAAUUGAUCCUAAUACUGGAUUAUCGUACGUAGAUAUGGUACGUGAUGAUAUUAAAAAUAAAAAAUCAAAUCAAAAAGUAGAAGAUUCCAAGAUUUUGGAAAAUUUAAACAAUAAUGAUAAUAGUUCUCAUUCAAGUGGAUUUUUCAAUAAUGUAAUGAAUCAAAUUGGUCAAUUUAAAACUUCAACAAAAAAUUAUGAUAAAAAUGAUUAUAUAACAAGAUGUAUAACAUAUAAUAAUAUGGUAGUUAUGAUAAAUUCCAAAAUUGAAGUAUCAUCAGAAGAUCCUAUAUUAGUUAGUUGUUUUACAAAAUUAGAUUCUAUUGAAUAUUUAAUUAAUAAUUUUUUAUAUAGUUUGAAUAAUUUAAUAUAG